GAGUGGAGGGUUCUAGAAGGCGUGACGUGAGGGGUCGAAGCGGGCUCGGAGGCGGGUUCUCGUGGGCAGCUUCGGUGCCUGCCACUAAGGGGCCAGGGGACACGAACGAUUGGGGUCGCGGACUCAGCCUCGUCGGAGGAAGCUCAUGGCGGCGCUCGGCCGGCCAUUCAGCGGUCUCCCUCUGAGCGGCAGCGCCGACUUCCUGCAGCCGCCGGCGGCCUUCGCGGGCCGGGCCUUCCCGCCAGGAGCCGUCGGCCAUGACCUGGCCCCGCGGCCGGGAAUCCGCGCUGCGCCGAGCAGCCCGGGCGGGAGAACAGCGCGUGAACGCGUUUCCAUUCACUGUAGAACGAAACACAAGCGUUUGGCGGAGGAAGAUGAUGAGUGUCCAAUAAGAAAGAAGCGGUUGACUGAAGCUGAACUCUGUGUAGUUGCUAAUGAAUGGGUUCCCGGCACACACCAGGGUCUAGAAGGUCAUGGGGUAAAUACGUGUCCGAGUGGCCUUGCUGUGCCCAGCAUGCUAGAUGCUGUCUGUGAAGAAAUGGAUCAAACAACUGGAGAGCUGCAGUGUGAAGUUGCCCGAAGGAGGCUUCAGGAGAUUGAGGACAGGAUAAUUGACGAAGAUGAAGAGGUUGAAAGUGACAGAAGUGUAAGCCACCUCCCAAGUCUUGUCCUCUCUGACACCAUGAAAACAGGCUUGAAGAGGGAGUUUGAUGAAGUCUUCACAAAGAAGAUAAUUGAGUCUAUGAGCCGUCCAUCUAUGGAGCUUGUGCUCUGGAAACCCCUCCCUGAACUCCUUUGUGAGAAACCAAAGCCAUCGUCUAGCCCUAAGAACUACAUGGGAGAGAGCCAAACGAAGCAUGCAGCUGCAGGCACUGCUCUCCCACAGAGAACUGAACUGCUGCUGCAGCCUCAGCACACAGACACACCACUUUACCAGAGUCUGGAGACAGCUGCUGGCACAGAGGAAGAGAUGGAGCUCUAGAGGCCAGUUUCUGCUCCAGCCUGGCAAGUUCUAGAGGCUCCUGUGUUCAGUAAUGUGCCUGCCUACGUAGUAUAGGGACCUGUCAUUGUGGGUAGCCAUUUAUUGAAUUCAACUCUUUGCCAAGGAAGCUUAUCUCAAGGGAAAUGCAGUUUUCUAGCAGGCUUAUCCAAGAAAGGUUACAGUCUCUUUAAAGACAGCUGUAGAUGCUGAUGUGUUACGGUGACUUAAGUCACCUAUCCCAUUGUUGAAGCCAUUCAUUCUUGAGAUGAUUAUAUAGAGGAAUGCUCCUAAUUACCACUGCACCCUGACUGAGUCAUGUAUUGAGCUACUUGGGGUGACUACGCUUGGGGAGUGAGAGGGAAGAUAGCAGAUAGAGUCUCUUGGAAUUGAACAAGCAAGCAAAGUUGGCGUCAGGUUGGUGUAGCUAUAUUAUUCAAGCAGUGGCCCUUGGUAUCCUUUCAUGACGGAUAGCUCAGUUGGUCAGUAAUGUUUACACCUCAAUUAACUAUGUGAUUAAUU